UCCUCUGACCCCUCCGCAGAUGUGCUGGAUUUAGGGGAGCGCUGCGGGGCGAGGGCCUAGGGAGUGGCAAGAAGGAAGGGAAAGAGACAGAGACUGAGAAACAGAAAAUCAGAGAGGCAGAGGCCUAGAGAGACAGGGGGAGUCACGGGGAGACAGAAGCAGACGCACGGAAAUAAUGAGGCCGAGAGACGGAAAGAUCCCGCGCGACCUCCUACGGAGACAGUGGUCAGAUAAAGAGCGAGCGAGAGGGGCACAGGGAAAAGAGGCGGUGCAGAGGUACAGAGACACCCGGAGAGACGGAGAGGCGGAGAGAGAUCGCCGGGAGGCACGGGAGACAAGCAGGGACGAAGAGGAAACGGCGGGCUGGCCCUCGGAGGGCGAGAAAGGAGGAGAGUGGAGAUUCAGAGAAGAGAAAGUUAGGGAAACUUCGCACGGAAGGCCGAGGGGGGCGGGACGCCGGGAUCCCCACCCGCCCCGCCCCGGAAAACGCGGCUUCCGGAGGGUCGCUAUAAAGCGCGGCGCCCCGGGCCCGGCUGCAGCCGCUCGCCGCCGGCCAUGUGCCCCCGCGCCGACGCCGUCCCGGACCCCGAGGCCCAGCGGCCGCCCGCGCCCCCCGGCCCCGCCUGCCGCCCGCUGCCCUGGGCCCUCAGCGUCGCGCUGCUGCUGCUGCUGCUCGCCGGCACCUGCGCCGCCUGCUGGCUCAGCGCCUGGGUCGCGCCCGCGGCCCCCGGCCCCAGCCUCCCCCGCGUCCCCGAGCAGCCGCCCGACGCCCGCGCCCGCCUCCCCGACUCUCCGCAGGCCGUGUUCGCGCAGCUGGUGGCCCAAGAUGUACAGCUGACUGAAGGGCCCCUGCGCUGGUACAGCGACCCAGCCCUGGCAGGGGUGUUCCUGGGGCCCGGCCUGACCUACGACCAGCACUCGCGAGAGCUGAUGGUGGCAGAGCCUGGCGUCUACUAUGUCUUCUUGCACCUGAAGCUGCAGCGGGUGGUGUCCAGCUUCGGCUCGGGCUCUGUCUCCCUUGCCCUGCACCUGCAGCCCCUGGGCGCGGGCGCUGCGGCCCUGGCCCUGACCUUGGACCUGCCGCCUCCAUCCCCCAAAGCCCCGGACUCAGCCUCUGGUUUCCGAAGCAGCCUGCUGCACCUGGGCGCAGGCCAGCGCCUGGGCGUUCACCUGCGCGCAGAGGCGGGGGCACACCCUGCCUGGCAGCUUGCGCAGGGCGCCACGAUCUUGGGCCUCUUCCGAGUGGCCACCAAAGUCCCCGCUGGACUCUCCCUGCCGCCAUGGCCCAUUGACACCGGGCCCGGGUACCCCCCGCCGGACAGAGAAUGAAUGCUGCCUUCUUUCGCCGGGGCUCUUGGUGACGCCCGGCCACUCUACCUCACCCGGCUUGGCAGGGGUCCCCGCUGCUGACCCCCUCCUCGAGGACUCUCCAAUGGGACUCUCUCCCACUCCUGCCUCAAGUCGAACUUUUGGUAUUUAUUCUGAGCCUGAGCUCAACGGCGUACUUUAUAUUAGUCCACUGUAUUAAUCCACUCAAUGUAUAUUUAUUGAACAUCUUCUAUGUGCCAGGCCCUGUGCAGGGCUGGAGACAGAGCAGCAAACAACAGGAAAAAACAA